GGGGGUAAAGGCGCCUGCCGCGGCUUCUGAGCGACAGGGAAUCAGCUUGUUCUGGGCUGCCUGCAGACGGAGGAAGAAAGCACGCGAGGAAGAGCCGCUGCUGCCAUGGGGCGAGUGCAAGGAGGGAUGCGCUGCGUCAAGUUCCUGCUCUUCCUUUUCAACUUCAUCUUCUGGUUGGCAGGUUCAGCUGUUAUCGCUUUUGGACUAUGGCUGCGGUUUGGAAAUGUUAUAAGAGAUUUAGCGACUGACGAGGCCUCCCCAGAAUAUUUUUAUAUGGGACUGUAUGUACUGAUAGGAGCAGGAGUGCUGAUGAUGGCAGUAGGAUUUUUUGGAUGCUGUGGAGCAGCACGAGAAUCUCAGUGCCUGCUUGGAGCGUUUUUUUCUUGCUUGUUGGUGAUUUUUGCUGCUGAAAUUGCUGCAGGAGUUUUUGCUUUUCUGGGCAAAAAAACGGCUGUCAACGAAGUCCAAGCUAUCUAUGAGAAAGCAUAUGAAAACUACAUCAGUGAUCAAAGCAAAAACAAAACCCUCAUCAAAUUUCAUGAUGCGCUUCAAUGCUGUGGGAAAGACAGUGACGUUCAAGUAAAACCCACCUGUCCAAAAGAUAUUGGAUCGACUAAAAACUGUCUGACUGAAAUAGAGAUUCUCGUUAAUUCAAAUCUUCAUUUACUUGGCAUUGUUGGGAUUGCAAUUGCUGGAAUCACAAUCUUUGGCAUGAUCUUCAGCAUGGUCCUUUGUUGUGCGAUCCGAAACACAAGAGAUAUGCUUUAGAACGCUUCCUGUAUCACAUUAUUUUGAACCCAGGACUGAAAGAAAAGCUGCAGCACAGUUCUGAAGAACUGCUUGCCCACUCAACUUAACAACUGUAAUCCAUUUUUUAAAUUAGGUGUUAAUCAACUGACAGAAAAGGGGAGUGUUUGAUGAGUUCAAGAGUUUCCUGUGAUUGCAUUUAAAAUUUUAAAACAAUUAUGACAUGAGCAAGUAAGAUAGGCUAACAAUGCCUUUUCAAGGCCAACAGUGACAUCUAAAAUUAAAAUUUAUUUGAAGUAUGACUUUGCACAGCUAUGGAGGAAUAGGCCCUGUAUGUAUGUGUGCUUGUUUUGGUGCAGAUGCACUUAUAGCUGUAUAUACAGUCCCUUUGAUUGUAUGUAUGUUUUGUGAGUGUCUCUAUCUGCAUGCAUAUUUCUGCAUUAUAUAUAUUAUGCAUGCACAUGUGUGUGUAUACACACACACUUGGGUACAUUUCUUGAUAAAAGGUUUUUCACAAUUGAGUCCUCUUUACUAAUCAUUUUUGGAGAAGCAAAUUCCUGUAGGAAAGUGAGUACUCUGUCCUAUCUUCUUUCAGUCUUUGGAAUGUCCCGUUUAAGAUAAUGUCAGGCAGGAUAGACCAGGACCACAUGUGAAGUUGCAGUUAAAGUUAUUUAUUAGUACUCUUGCCUAUGCACAGGAAUCUACUCCACUAAUGGUUAGCACUGUUCUGGCCUUAGAUAAGGAUCAAAGGAAGUCAAAAGGGUUGCACUUAGUCCAUUUGUGGGUACAUAGAGACUCUAGGCUGAUUUCUCUUUUGACUCUGCCCCCCCCCCCGGGGUUCUGCCACUCCUCCGGAUAACUAUAUUUAAAGAAAUGUGUUCUGCUUCUAGGCAGCUCUCCCCUUGGAAGAUUGUGUGUGUGUGUGUGUGUGAUUUAUAUAUUUAUUUAUAUGCAGAAUUGUAUAUAUGAUAGAGAUUGAUGGGGAACUCACUGGCCUUUUUAAAGAAAAGCAGAGCAGAACCCAAGAGCUAGUACCAAACAAGCAGAGAGCAGUGAAAAGUUUCGGUUCAAAACAAACUUUCAUUGUGACUGAGACAUCCUGUCCAGUCAUGAUUUUAUGUAGGAUCUAUUUAAAACAUGUCCAGGUACCUCGAUGAGGAACUUAAUUUCACUCAAAAAACUGUUCCUUGCUUGGUUUUUUUCCCCCCCAAAUGCUAUUUAGUAUUUAUUGUCCUAAUUAUUUUUAAUAUGGACCAAAAAGCCUUACUGUAGCAUAAUCUAAAAUUGAUGCCCAAAUUAUUUUACACAGUUACUAUGAUGAUUACUCAGUCCCUAAAUGCACACCAUAUCCCAAUGGCCAUUUCAGGCCAUUGUAACAUAUCUCUUAAAGUAUGUUGGUACAAAAUCAAUUCCUGUUCAUUAGGACUUGCUCUUUCAUUAGUGCCCUUAGAAAUGCAGCUUAGUUAUUUGCUGCAGGGACCAUAAUAACCAUAAUGCUGUUUGCAACCUUUUAUUUGCUAUAACAAUUGCAUGCUGGCUUUACACAAUAGGGAACAUACCUAAUAUACAAAUAAUAUUUAUCAUUAGCUUCAUGGUCCAGUCAAAGUUAACCAUGCACUUUCAUUGAAAUCAAUACUUCUCAAGCUUGGGUAAAAAUUAAUUCAAUUUGUAUAUGCAUAUUUGUGUGUUUAAAAGAGAUGCUCUUAAAAUAACAUGUCCAUCCACAAAUAUGCAAUGCAGCUGUAUGGCAUUUUGAAGUUCAAAGCAAACUUCAAAAGCAUGAGACAAGUACUUCAGAACAGGAUUAUGUGUAUAGGAGAAUACAGACAGUCCCUGAAGACCCUGAACAAAUGUUCAGCAUUACAUUUAAAAAUAAAGAGGAGGAGGAGUUGUCAUUAAUGAUGUCAAGAACAAUAACCAGUAAUGGUGACAGUUAUGCAACCAGUCCAGGCACAGAUUUCAUACCGGGCUUCACACUUCAGUUGUUUGAACUGUGAGCACUAAUACAUUUGGGAAGAAACAGAAAUCUUAUAUUGAAAGAUGAGAAACUCUACGUGUUUAAAGUUGCCCUAUAUCCUGUACCUAAAAAAGUGAUAUCCGACAAAUUAACCGUCAGAUUUCA